AUGACGAUAGUCGUUGCUGAAAAGAGUGGAACCAAGAUUGAAGAUGUGUUGCCAGUAUUGCAGAAGCCCUGGUGGCGGUAUUCACAUCUCUUGCGUUUGAAUUUCCAUCUCCUUGGUUCUAUUUUUGUCUUGGUGAACUCGGGUUUCGAUUCUACCAUGAUGAACAAUUUGCAAACACUUCCCAGCUGGACUAAUUUCUUUAACAACCCUAGUGGUGGAACUCUUGGUACCAUGAACAUAGGCAUUCCCGCUGGAUCUUUGUGCUGUAUUCCUUUUGCUUUCAUUAUCAACGAUCUUAUUGGUAGAAGAAUGACGGUCUUGCUCGGUUUGGCCUUUACUAUUAUUGGCGGUGCUCUUCAGACAGCAGCUCAGAACUUUGGUAUGUUUGUCGCCUCCAGAUUCAUUCUUGGAUUUGGCGUGGGAUUGUCCUCUGCUGGUGCUGGCCCCAUUUUGUCCGAGACUGCUUACCCAACCCAGAGACCUGCCGUAACCAGUUUCCUUCUUGCUUCUUUCCCCUUGGGUUCAUUUGUUGCUGCCGUUGUUACUUGGGGCCCAUACAAUUCGAGCAUGAAGUACAACAACUGGUCUUGGAGAUUGCCAUCUCUUUUACAGAUAGUGUUUCCGAUUUUCUCGGUCGUCGCAGUUGCCCUUGGACCGGAAUCACCUCGUUGGCUAAUCUCAAAGGGUCGGGAAGACAAAGCAUUGCAAGUUUUAGUCAAGCACCAUGGAGCGGGAGACCUCCAAAGUCCACUUGUGAAGUUUGAACUCUCUGAGAUCAAGGCGGCAAUUGAACUCGAAAAGGCCCAAGGUGGAAAUAAGUGGAAGGAAUGGGUGCGUACCAAAUCGAAUAUGCAUAGACUUUUCAUUAAUUUGGCACUUCCCGCCAUGAUGCAAUUCUGUGGAAAUGCAUUGAUCUCCUACUACUUGAACAUCAUUCUAAACAACAUCGGUUACACUGAAACUACCGAAAAGCUCAAGAUCAAUAUUGGUCUCACUCUCUAUGGACUCGCGUGGAGUUACGGAGUUUCCAUUCUUUGUGGUCGCUUCAAGAGAACUGGCUUAUUGAUCACUUCCUAUGCACUGAUGUCCUUCUUUUUUAUUAUCUGGAUUGUGUUAUCAGCCAUCAAUCAGCAGAGAGAUUUCAAGGAUAAGGCUAUAGGUAGGGCAAUUGUGGCUAUGAUCUACUUGUAUCAGGGAUGCUACCAUAUUUCCACUCCAAUUGCCAUGACAUACAUUAUGGAGAUAUUGCCGUUUAGUUUAAGAGGUAUGGGUGCUGCCUUGUAUCAGUUGAGUGGUAACACGGCAUCACUCUUCAACAACUAUGUCAACAAUAUUGCCAUGGAUGCGAUUCAAUGGAAAUACUAUAUUGUAUGGUGUGUGUGGUUGCUUGUUCAGAUCGCAAUUGUCUACUUCUUCUUCCCAGAAACGUAUGGAUUACAAUUGGAAGAAAUUGCUCAGGUCUUUGGCGACGACGUUACCUACAUUAUGGCUGCUAGUUCGAAAGCUGUGGGGGACGGAGACGGCUACUUGGAAAGUUCUUCUACCAAAGAAAACGUUAGUGCAAUUGAAAACACAGGACCAAAGAAGUCUCCAGUUUAG